UGGCACUAUAAAAUGUGACAGGCAAAAAUCUAUCAGCAUAAUAUUUACGCUUACAGAGACAAAAAUAUGUACACAAAUGUUAUUUGGUAGGUAAAUAUAAUAUGGUCGGUGAAGUGCAAACAACAACAGAAUUAGAAUUUAAAUUAUCAUUAGGUAUCCAAUACGUGUUCACUUUUGUCUGCUACGUCCUGGACGCAGCCAUGAUCUGCAACGUGCCGCUGCGUCACUCUCGUCAUAGUAGGAAAACGUACCGUAAAUACUCUGAGGCUUACAGACUCUUUUAAUUUUUCAAAUGUUUAGUUGUUAGUGAGCACCGGGUUUAAUAUAUUUGUACAUCUGUGGGGUUUCUACGUUUAAAUCAAUGUCAACACAGUACAUUAUUAAAUCAUUUUGUUAAAAUAAAUCAAUACAAAAAUGGACAUAACGUGCGCAUACGGCAAGCUGCGCAGCCAGUUCGGGCGGCAGCCCCUGUUCUGCCACCAGGGCCCGGAGAUGCUGGACUCGGUGCAGAUGGACCCCGGCGAGUUCAAGCACUACGUGCUGCGCAACCCCGUGCACACGGCCACGCAGCACACGCCCAAAUACAGCCAGUGCGACAUCAACACCAUCCGGGCCGAGUAUACCACCUCCGGAUCCAACCACACCGAGGGCGGCUGGCCGAGAGACGUGAACAUUCACGAUCCCGAGGCGACGCAACGGUAUCGCCGCAAAGUAGAGAAGGAUGAUGCCUACAUCCACUGCAUCAUGGCACUCAGUCCCGUUUUAGACCGACUUGUGUUGCAAAACAAUGCCAUUGAUAUGUACCAGACUUAUUAUACUGAGCUGAUGACGUUGCCUGCCGUAGAGCAUAAUAGCUGCCGCACCGUCAAUCAGUUCCACGAUUUCGGAGCCCAGAACGACGAGUCGGGCGUCGUGCACCGCCGGCCCGUUAGCUCCAUCUGCUGGCAGCCCGACGGCGGGCACCACUUCGCCGCCACAUACGUCGACGUCGAUAUGAAUCGACAAACCACUUCCCCGGUUUCGGCAUUUGUCUGGAACAUGGAGAACCCUAACUAUCCAGAAUCAGUGUUAGCACCGCCGUGCCCUAUGCUGGACCUGCAGUACAAUCCCAAAGACAUUCAAGUGCUAGCCGGCGGACUUAUUAAUGGUCAAGUUUGCACGUGGGACUUGCGGCAAAAAGGCGUAGCGCCAGCCUUGAUAUGUCCACCGCACGUUGCGCACAGGGAUCUCGUUAAGAAUGUUCUAUUCAUUAACUCCAAGACUGGCAUGGAGUUCUUCUCCGGGGGGCCCGACGGCGUCUGCAAGUGGUGGGACAUUCGCAAGAUACACGAACCCACCGAUGAGAUGAUCAUAGACGUCGUGACGUCGAUGACGGAAGAGCAGAGCAUGGCUAAAGCCAACGGCAUAAGCGUGAUGGAGUACGAGCCUACUAUACCAACACGCUUUAUGGUUGGCACUGAAAAUGGACUUGUUAUUAAUGGCAAUAGGAAAGGAAAAACACCUUAUGAUAAACUGCCCGCGCAGUUUAACGCACACGUGGGACCAGUAUGGAGAGUGGAGCGCAACCCCGGCUUCAUGAAGAACUUCCUGACUGUGGGUGACUGGACGGCGCGCAUCUGGAGCGAGGAGUGCCGCGAGUCCUCCAUCAUGUGGACGGCGCCGGCGCGCCACCGCAUCACGGACGGCGCCUGGAGCCCCACCAGGCUGUCGCUGAUGCUGCUCACGCAGUACGACGGGCAGCUGACCGUGUGGGACCUGCUGCGGCGCCAGCACGAGCCCGUCGUCACCAUGCAGGUCUGCGAGGAGCCGCUCGUGUGCGUGCGCACGCACGAAGCUGGCAACCUGCUGACGUGCGGCAGUGUCAACGGGAACAUCUUCCUGCUCGAGCUAUCCACAUCUCUCUCCAUUUCGGAGAAGAACGACAAGACGCUUCUAACAGCGAUUUUGGAGCGAGAGAGCAGGCGGGAGAAAAUUUUAGAAGCACGCCUGCGCGAAAUCCGUCUCAAGCAGCGGCAGGCCGACGAGGCGAGCCCCACACACUCGGCCAGCGACGUGGACGCCACGCUGGGCGACCGCGACCUCAACGAGGCGGCGCACGAGUUCCUGCAGAUCACCAAGAAGGAGCUGCAGUACUUCUAGACGCCUGCUCCGCGGACUGCGGCUGCUGGGAUCCUAAAGUACAUCACCUGUCUCGGCUAUCACUAAUAUACCCAUGUUUCCUGCAAUUUUCGUUGACGUUAUAAUUUAAUAUCAAUUAACAUCGUUUCAUCAUUGCAUCAUUAAAUUU